AUGGUCUUCCCAACGGAUGACGCGGCCGGGAACUCUAUUUGGAGUUGUGCCAAUGAUCAUCUUGGUUUCGAAUGCCACUGGGUCAAAGGAGACACGUCCUCGUCCUUUGAUUCUUUCAUGAAGGAGUACGAAGUAGCGCGUCACGACUUGGUCAUCGUGGACUGUCGCUCGUCGGGCUCGGCCACGGAUCCUCAAGAAUUUGCCAGGUCUCUUCGGAGCAGAAAGCAGAGCCAGAGGACCGUGCUCGUGGCCGUGGUGAAACGCAGCUUGCUGGAGCGAGAUGGAACCGACAUCGGGCCACUGCUUGCGUCCGGCUACGAUAGAAAUCUAAUCCUUCCUGAUUUGAGAAACCGAAAUCCAUUACCGGGACGUCAGGAAUCAGUUUUUGUAACGGUGGGGAUAUCAGGUCAGGCCUCUUGCUGCGCGCCCGUGGCCCGCGACACGUACAAGUUGGAAUUGUUGCCGGCUCGCUCGCGCUUUGGCAACCCUUCAAAUGUCGUGACGAUGAAUCCGAUCUGCGGGCGUCGCGGUUUAUCCGCCCUUUCGCCGUUUCUAAUUGCACAGAGUGAUUGGAAAGUCUUGAGUAAUUCCACCGCGCCUGAACGCCCAUUGGCCGUACUUAUUUGUUCUCCGUGGGCGCCUAGUUCCCCGCAUUCCUGA